AUUGAGGAAGAAGCUAGACGGAAUGGCGAAGAGCAAGGAUGAUAUCAAGUAUGCGACUGCACAAGCAAAGCUGAGUGAAGACGAGGCUUUGAGGGUGAGAUACAAAUCCGGAACUCCACUUGAAGGAGGGAAGAUUGCUGAAAGUGAACCUGUCGAUCUCUUCUCCAGUGCUCGGAAUAUUUCUUCUACUCACACAACUAAUACUACACACCCUUCUACCACUGAUGAUCAGCAGCCUCAAAGGUCGAGUCAUGACUCUUAAGGCUGGAAGAGAUUCUAAUGUUUCAGGUUAAAGUAAUUAGGGUUUAAGAAGGGAGUUGUAUUUCCAUAUUUUCUGUGUCUUCUGUCCUAGAGCCCUUUUUUUUUCUUUUGGGUUCCUCCUUUCUUUCCCUCUAUCCUCUCUUUGGAGUUGUAAUAAUAAAGGCUUACUGACCACUUGGUUAUUGCUAUC